GGGGUCUGUUCCUCUGUGAAGUUGAACCAUGGUGAAUUUUUCUGAACUCUUUAAAGCCUCCAACCACUUGUGCAAAAUUUCCCCAGAUGGCAAAUACGUGGCAUCUGGGGUACAAUACCGUUUGGUGAUCCGAGAUGUCAGCACGCUUCAAAUUUUGCAAUUAUUUACCUGCCUGGAUCAAAUCCAGCAUAUUGAGUGGUCUUCCGACUCCCUAUUUAUCUUUUGCGCCAUGUAUAAACGUGGAAUCGUGCAGGUCUGGUGCUUGGAACACCCCGACUGGCACUGCAAAAUCGACGAAGGCUCGGCCGGGCUGGUGGCCUCAUCCUGGAGUCCCGACGGGCGUCACAUCCUGAACACCACCGAAUUCCACCUACGGAUCACCGUCUGGUCCCUGUGUACGAAAUCGGUGUCCUACAUCAAAUAUCCCAAAGCUUGCCAGCAGGGCCUGGCUUUCACGAAGGACGGGCGCUACCUGGCCCUGGUGGAACGGAGGGACUGCAAAGAUCACGUCAGCCUCUUUGUCUGCAGCGACUGGCAGCUUUUGAGACAUUUUGAGACCGAGACCCAGGACGCCGCCGGAAUCGACUGGGCCCCCAACGGCUGCGUGCUGGCCGUGUGGGACAGCUGCCUGGAGUAUAAAGUCCUUCUUUAUUCCCUCGAUGGACGUCUUCUUUCAACCUACAGCGCUUACGAAUGGUCCUUGGGGGUGAAAUCCCUCACCUGGAGCCCCAGCAGUCAGUUUUUGGCGAUUGGCAGCUACGACGGAAAGGUCCGCAUCUUGAACCACGUGACCUGGACGAAGAUUGCCGAGUUUGACCAUCCCCUCACCGUCACUCAUCCCAAAAUUGUUGUGUACAAGGAAGUGGAGAAAACCCCAGCGGUGGAUUUGGAGAAACUGACAUUUCCACCCAGCAAGAGGAUGGCGAGUGCCCUCUUCAGCCGAAAGACGAAAUACGACGUCGUCCAGGCCCCCCUUUCUUUGCACCACGUCAAACCUCCCACGGAUCGGGCUAAUCCUAGGAUUGGCGUCGCGACGUUAGCUUUCAGUUCGGAUAGCAGUUUCCUAGCCACCAAAAACGACAACCUCCCAAACACCGUCUGGAUCUGGGACGUUCAAAAGAUGAAGCACGCUGUGGUCCUGGAGCAUUUGGGUCCCGUUCAGCUGUUCCAGUGGGACCCCCAUCGAUCUCGGCUCGCUCUGUGCACGGGCAAUACGAAAGUCUACCUCUGGUCUCCCGCAGGAUGCUCCUCCGUGCAGAUACCCAUGGAAGGUGACUUCAAAGUGACUUCACUUUGCUGGCACCCCAGCGGGGACUUCCUGAUUCUUCUGAGCAAGGACAAUUUCUGCCUCUGUUACUUAGAAGGAGAAGCCGCAAAAUAGCCGGACCCAAAGCGAAGCUAAGUGAAAAAAAAAUUAAAUCGCCAGUUGUUUUUUUAACUUUCCGUUCUCCGAAAUCGGGAGAAAAAGAAACAAGUCUGUCUCGGUUUGUUCACUUUUUGUCUGGUUUUCCAGGCACAAACGUGUCAUUUAAAUCUGUACAUAAAACAGAGUGGGCCAGAGAGACCCGGUUUCGAAUUUGCUUUCCGUGAAAUGGAACUUAAAAGGAUGUAUAUUUUACGGCGGGCAACCUGCAGUGGGUUUCCCCAAUUUUCAAUAAAAGUCU